AUGACCUAUAACUAUCGAUUAGUUGGCCGCUUACUUCCCAUCGACGUUGACCACAAUAUUUUUUAUCAUCGGCCAGUAGUGGACGACCCCGAAUUACGGCGCAUCUCAUGCCACACAUCCCCUCCUCUGCCGACAACUAAACGAACCGAGUUCAGCGCCAGGGGAUGCACGAUCUACGGCUAUCCCUCCACUGGUGGGGUUCUCAUCAAAGAUGCGGAUCUUCUAGAUAUGAUCUUCCUAUCACUCCCCCGCUCUUAUGAGUUGCAGCGUUCUGCCGAUGUCGAUAAAGAAGAUAUAUUCUGUCAUCUCUUGCGACGGACUGGUGCUAAGUGGUGGUCGAGUAGGUGGGAUAAGGUAGAAGUGUUGCUAGGUGCGAGAGAGAUGACAGAGGAAGAAAAAAAAAAUGAUAGUGUUUGGUUGGCCGAUAGAUGGAGUAGAAGAUUUCGGGAGAAUGAGUUUAGCGAUGAAUAUGGAGGAGAAGAUACAGAUGAUGAGAGAGUAUGGCGCUACGUUUGUUGA